AUGUCAUUGCGGGAGGGUGAGACUCUGAAGGCUUGUUCAGAUAGAUACUGGGAGAUGUUUAACGAAAUAGAAGGAGAGUACGAUGAUGUGGCCAUUAGCACUUUCAAGGCUAGUCUUCUAGCCAAGCAUGAUUUAAGGAAAUCUCUAACUGGUAAACCUGUUACUAGUGUACGCCAAUUGAUGGAUCGGAUUGACAAGUACAGAAGAGUAGAAGAAGACCAACUGCAAGGGAAAGGAAAGGGUAAGGCGAUCCCUCGGGGGAGGAGGGAUUUCAGGUCGGACUGGUACAAUAAUAACCGACCUCGAAAAGACUUUGUUGGGCAGUUAGGAUCUACCAACACCCAAGCGGUUAACGCUGUGUUUCGAGAGCCAGUGCAACAAGUACUAAAGAAGAUUAAGAAUGAGUCGUUUUUCAAAUGGCCAAACAAGAUGGUCGGAGAUCCUAUGAGAUGUAACUAG